UAAAGACUGGUAGACUGAAGCUACCAGAAAGCAGGAGCAGGAAGGUUUACAGUUGCAUUCCGACGCUCAGCACUCCUGUCGCCUCACCUGCACGGCCGGUGAAGAGGUCCGCUGUGGUGAUAAUGCAUCCAGAUAAGUACUUACCUGAACUGGUGGCCGAGAAAAACAGCUUGGACCCCUCCUUCGUGCAUGCGGUGCGUCUGCUUGCAGAAGAGAUUGAAAAGAAUGAAGGUGACGAAUUGAGAAAAGAUGGUGACAUGAAGAAAUACCUAGAUAUCAUCAGCAAUAAAAAUAUCAAGCUCUCCGAAAGAGUUCUCAUCCCGAUCCAGCAGUAUCCAAAGUUUAAUUUUGUCGGGAAGCUGCUGGGACCACGGGGAAAUUCCAUGAAACGAUUACAAGAGGAGACAGGAGUGAAGAUGUCCAUCCUCGGCAAAGGGUCCAUGAGGGACAAAGGCAAGGAGGAAGAAUUAAGGAAAAGCGGGGAGGCCAAAUACGCCCAUCUGAGUAACGAUCUCCACGUUUUAAUUGAAGUCUUUGCUCCACCUGGAGAAGCCUAUUCCCGCAUGAGUCACGCCUUGGAGGAGAUAAAGAAAUUCCUAGUUCCAGACUACAAUGACGAGAUCAGACAGGAGCAACUGAGAGAGCUCUCCCUGCUGAAUGGCUCUGACGAGUCGAGCAGAGGGAGGACUGCGCCGGGGAGGAGCGUACGACCAGCAACCACAAUAUCCACGAGGGGCCACAGAGGCACAGGAAGGAGUGCAGCAGCGCCUCGGGGGACAGCGGCAGCGACACACAGCAAACUUCCCACGACUGUUUUAACACGGGAGGCACAAGCUCCCAGAGCCAGGGGGGCAGCGGGGAGCGCGGCGUACAGGCCCCCGCUGUUAGCAGUCACACAUGAAUCAUACGACGACUAUGGCUACGAUGAUGGGUAUGGUGGGGAAUAUGAUGACGAGAGUUACGAAGCUUAUGAGGAUAACUACAGCAAUCAGUCAAAGAGCAUUUCAGAUUACUAUGAAUACGGACAUGGAACCAGUGAUGAAUCCUACAACAACUACAAGGAGGAGUGGGCCGCUACCCGUCCCAGUCUCAAAGCCCCAGUUUUACGGCUGACAAGAGGGGGCUACAGAAAACAUCCCUAUGGUAGAUACUGAAGGUGCUCCAGAUAUGUGACCUCCAAUUUCAAACUUUUUAUAUAUUUUUUAAAUUCCUCAUAAAAUGUUGUAACGUUUGCUUCUUUUGUUCCGUCUCUUUCAGAAAUUGAAAUAAAAAAUAACCCCAUUAAAGCGCAUAAAACCACAAACCUUAACAUUACUGCAGUAUUCAGAUUGCUUUAUUCAUUCAGGAAAGAGUCAUUUUUUUUUGAAAAAUACAGAGAGGAAAUGAAAAGUGACUUUCACCCAUGCUCAUCCAUGUACAGGAAGGUUGUUCUUAAAAUUGGCUGUUUAAAUGCCUUUCAUUCCCCCUCUGCCGCCCCACAAAAAAAGUAGUUAUUUCAGAUUUUUGACAUUAAACUAUAGAUAUUUUUCAUAUAAAUUAUGUAUCAGACUUUGACAAACUAGUUUCCAUUCAUUGUCUUUAAUGCAAUGAUUAUCACAGCUUACUAGCCAAGCGCUGUAACGGCAGCAAGAUGUUUGCCCUUCGACAUGCUCAGAUCAGGCAUUCACAGUUUUAAUUCGUUUGAUCCUAUGGGUCAGCGUCACAGAGCACAUCUUUGCAGUUGUUAGAUUGUGAUUCUGACAUGAUUUUCUUUUUGUCAGGAUAUUGUGAGACAUCCAUGUCAGUCCUGUCCUACAAAGGCUAAUGACAGUAACUACAGUGUUGGUCAGAAAUGAGUAAUGACUGAAAUUAAACAUUUGGAUAUCUGUUAUGUCUUGUGGCCAAAUUUCCUGGUUCAUUCUUGUUCUGUUGUAGAGAAAAUAGGACUCAAAAACUGCAGUAACUCCAAAAUCCAACUAAAAUCCAAGGUAAACCGCAGUAAUUGGAGUUACAGCGCUCUGCCUUGGGUUCCCAGAGAUUUGGGAUUCUGUCAUGCCAAGGAAAACCACAAUGUAUUAAGGCUAAUGGUGACUGUGAGAAUGUCAAUGACGACAAUGACCAUAGCAAGAUUAGCAAUGAAAAUGAUGAUUAUGUAAUCUUAAUUUAGGUCAAAUCCAAUGAAAUGAAGAUAAA